CGAUUCGCCCAGACAAUGAUAUUUGCUAUUGAAGAAAUAAAUAGAAAAAAGGAUCUUCUUCCUAAUGUUGCUAUUGGAUAUCGAAUUUAUGACAACUGUGCAUCAGCAUUAUCUUCAAGGCGUGCAGUAAUGGCCCUGAUGAAUGGGAAUGAGAUGACUUUGGAAAAAAGCUGCUCUGGACAAUCAGCAGUUCAUGCUAUUAUUGGAGAGUCUGAAUCUACUUCUACUAUUGUCCUUUCCCGCAUCACUGGACCAUUUCAAAUUCCGGUGAUAAGUCAUUCGGCUACGUGUGAGUGCUUGAGCAAUAGAAAGGAGUUUCCCUCUUUUUUUCGAACUAUUGCAAGUGAUCGCUAUCAAAGUGUUGCUCUUGCACAGUUGGUCAAACACUUUGGUUGGACCUGGGUCGGAGCAGUGAACAGUGACAGCGAUUAUGGAAACAAUGGGAUGGCCAUCUUUCUCUCUGCUGCACAAGAGGAAGGAGUGUGUGUGGAAUACACAGAGAAAUUUGACAGAGCAGAGCCAGAAAAACUCAAAAAAGUGGUGGAAGUGAUCAAGAAGAGCACUGCUCAGGUGAUUGUUGGAUUUCUUGCUCAAGCAGAAAUGAAUAACCUGUUAGAGCAGUUGAGUCUCCACAACAUCACAGGCCGGCAGUUCAUUGGGGUGGAGGCAUGGAUAACUGCUGAAAGCCUUGUAACUCCUACUAGCUUUAGUGUGCUGGGAGGUGCAUUAGGAUUUGCAGUGCAAAAGGCCAACAUCAGCGGCUUGGACGAUUUUCUAGUUAGAGGUUUCUGGGAAACAGACUUUCUGUGCAAUGAGACAAACACAGAGACAAGACUAAAAACUUGCAAAGCAAAUCAGGAUUUCUUAGAGCUUAAAGCUAAUGACGAUGAUGUAACAGAGCUAAGAUACUCCACUAAUAUCUACAAAGCCAUCUAUGCUGUAGCACAUGCUCUGCAUAACAUCUUGAAGUGUUCAGAUCAUCAAGGAUGUAAGAAGCCUGUGGAGAUCAAGCCAUGGGAGGUCAUUCAGGCUUUAAAGCAUGUGAACUUCACUAUUAAGAAUGAGGACAAAGUGUGGUUCGACCAAACUGGAGCCGCUGUUGCCAGGUAUGAGGUGGUGAACUGGCAGCGUGGAGCAGAUCAAUCAAUUCAGUUUAAACCUGUUGGUUACUAUGAUGCUUCACUACCUUCUGGCAAGAAAUUUGUUCUUAACACAGAGGCUAUAAUGUGGCCAGGGGGAACUAAACAGUUACCUGUUUCAGUUUGCAGUGAAAGCUGUCAUCCAGGAACCUAUAAAGUCCUUCAGAAAGGAAAGCCUGUGUGCUGCUUUGACUGUAUACCAUGUCCAGUUGGGGAAUUUAGCAACACCACAGAUUCUGUUGACUGCAAAAAGUGUCCUGAAGCAUACUGGUCCAAUCAGAACAGAGAUGCAUGUUUACCGAAAAACGUUGAGUUUCUGUCUUUCAUUGAGAUUAUGGGCAAAGUACUAGUAUUUUUCACUUUGUUUGGUGUUAUGCUAACUUUAAAAGUAGCCACACUGUUUUUAAUCAAUAAGGACACUCCACUAGUGAAAGCAAACAACUCUGAGCUGAGCUUCCUGUUGCUCUUCUCCUUGUCACUCUGUUUCUUGUGUUCUUUAACAUUUAUUGGCAAACCUACUGAGUGGUCCUGCAUGUUGCGACACACAGCAUUCGGCAUCACCUUCGUUCUUUGUAUCUCUUGUAUUCUUGGAAAAACAAUAGUGGUUCUAAUGGCCUUCAGAGCAACUCUUCCAGGUAAUAAUGUGAUGAAAUGGUUUGGGCCUGCACAGCAGAGACUCACUGUUUUAUUUUUAACUUUUAUACAGGUCAUUAUUUGCAUCCUAUGGUUAACAAUAAGUCCCCCUUUUCCUUUAAAAAAUAUGACAUACUAUAUGGAGAAGAUAAUCCUUGAGUGUGCUCUGGGAUCACCUUUCGGGUUUUGGGCUGUGUUAGGAUAUAUUGGACUUCUUGCCUUAUUGUGUUUUGUCCUUGCUUUCUUGGCCAGAAAGUUACCAGAUAGCUUCAAUGAAGGUAAACACAUCACCUUCAGUAUGUUGAUUUUCUGUGCAGUCUGGCUCACCUUCAUUCCAGCUUAUGUCAGCUCACCUGGGAAAUUUACUGUAGCUGUUGAGAUAUUUGCCAUUCUAGCAUCAAGUUAUGGGAUACUAUUUUGUAUAUUUGCACCAAAAUGCUUUAUUCUUGUCCUGAAACCUGAGCUGAACACAAAGAAACACCUGCUUGGAAAAACACAAGGUUAACCAGUUUAUAUGGUACACAAUAUUUUAUUUAUUUACUUUUUUCAAAAGUUGCUCUUUAUUGUUGUUGAAGGUCUUAUAUCUUUUAUUGCAAAACUAUUGUGUUCUGUCACGUAAAACUUUAAAAACCUUUUGAGUAAAAAUGCACCAAUAAGUUGUAAAAAAUGUAUUAGUUUCAAUUAAACCUAAAAUGUAAAGAUAUGCAAAAUUCAGUCUAAUGCACAAAGCCCAAUAUAAACAAACAUAAAA